AUGGCACCGCCAAAGGACAAAGAACGCAAGAGGAAGUUUCAUCGAAGAAGCAAAAAUGGAUGCACUCGGUGCAAGGCCAGGCAUGUGAGGUGCGACGAGCAAAAACCGCUUUGCACCAACUGUCUCCAAACGGGGAGUGAAUGCAUCUAUCCGACUCCAGAACAGCCUCUACCGUCCAAUGAGUCUUCGCCUUCGCCAUCUUCAUCCAGUAGCAAUGUUGUUCUUGGGAGCUUCGGCUCUCAAAUGGCACGUAGCGAAGCUCCAGCGCCAGGGAUGAGUAAUGCUCUCAACAACUACGUUGGAGGUUCGUUUGACGCUCUUCCAGAGCCAUCGAAGCGCCUGUUGCGUCAUUUUUCACAGUACACAGUCUGGGGUCAGAGCCCUGUGGCUCGAGAGCAGGAAUCUUCGGCAAUUCAGAAGUCGUUCGAGAAUCCGGGGUACAUGCACAUGUGUCUCAUGCUCUCAGCUUGUCAAUGGGCAUGGGUCACGGGCUCAAUGGACGAGGUUAGGAUCCCGUUCCUGUACCAUAAAGCAGCAACCUAUCAGUUCGCACGGGAACAGCUCCAGAGUCCGGAACUAGCACAGAGCGGAGACACGAUGUUGGCCAUCUCCGCGUUAGCAUUGACAGAGGGCGCGAUAGGAGAAUUGGACGCUUCGUCAAGGCAUCUAAAGGGUAUUCAGUCAGCGGUAAGGCAAUGGAAUAGAGCCGCCGAUCCUGUGCCAACACUGCCUCAAAGGAUGCUGAAGAUGGUAGGAGAAGGACUACGAACCGGGAAAGCAGGCCAGCUCGUCAACGUACCCGAAUACCAACCGACAUUUAUGGCUCUGUUAUUUGCGUCGAUUUGGGACAUCACGGCAUUACCACCGCGCGAGGCACCAAGAUAUGGUUGGUGGGAAGAUAUCCAAACACCAGCCGCCAGGCUCUGGCAGAACCAUACCAGGGAUCUCAAUCUCAACUAUGAGAUUUCCAGAGGGUUUAGUGCGGGCCAAUACGUACCGCGAAUCCUAAACGGCGACCCAAAGAGCAGCCGGACGAGCUUCAUCGCUACCUUUUUCUAUCUGUGCUCAGAGUUGGGCGACAAAUAUUUUGAUGUGACCAUGAUUGAUUGGCUUCUCGAACAGCUCAUUGACGAUGUGAAUGCUGGUGAAGAGCAUCUCAGGAUGAGUGAAUGGACACAGUCACUCUGGCUGUUCUGUGUACUGUUUGGUGCGUCUAUGGCAUUCACGGGUCGGGCUAACAACGUGAUUGAAGAGAGACAACUCGCCAGAUGGCGGGCUGUUUACGGCGACAAGAUGAAACUGGCCAGCCGAGAGUUGGGAAUCACAAGUUGGCAGUCAGCUCGGGGAAUGCUGGCAGCUGUGGUGGGAGAGAUAGACGGCGAAUUAGAAAAGGGCUUAGAGGAGUUAUGGAACGAAGGGAUAUCUGAAGAGACACUGGCCGAUGGCAGCAUAAGCCCGUCGGUGGUAGAGCUGACAGAGUCGGACUAG